AUGAACACUCUCCAGCCAGUCCAAGAAAAUACCUACGUUUAUGGGAAUUCAGACAAAGUUGCAAGUUCAGACGACCUGAGAUUAUUCCUUCAAGAUCAACUUGAAAAGUUUGAUAUGAGAACUGUCAUUAAUACACCUCCAACUUCACCUGUGCUGAAAGCUUCUCCAAAUAUAACAAAUAUCAAUGAAAUAUUCAAAGAUUCAAGCUCUGCUUCAACUGCAUCGCUAUUAUCAAGACCUUUGAACUAUGAUGUUGCAAAUGAUGUUAUUACUGAGGAAGCUGAAGAAGAUGAUCCAUUAUUAAACUUGUCUCCAUCAGCUUUAUCACAAGCUAGGUCAAUAGCAAAAGAGAUUUACAACCAACAAUACACUAAAAUAUCUCCAGAUCAAUAUGCUGCAUUUUUAGGAACAGCUAAAGACCAAUCAAUUGCCGCUUGUAUUGAGUUCAUGUCAUUUUUUGAACCUUGGUCAAAUUCAUUAAUUGGAUCUCUAAGAUUAUUAUGUUCAAAAUUAUAUUUGAUUGGUGAAUCAACACAAAUUGAUCAAAUAUUGGAAUUAUUCAGUAAAAGUUGGUACAAUUGUAAUAAGGAUAACUUCAUAGGCGAUUAUAAAGCUAUACAUAUUGUAUGUUUUUCAUUAUUUAUUUUGAAUUCAGAUCUUCAUAAUGAACAAAAUAUGGAAUCAAAAUUCACAAAAUCAGAAUUUGUUACAAAUACAAUUGAUGCCAUUAAGGAAGAUACAACAGUUUUGAUACAUGACCACACUACCCUUGAAUCACAGUUGAAAAUAUACUAUGACUCCAUAGAAACUGAACAAUUGGAAAUUUUAAAAGUUAAAAAAAAAGUGAAAGAAGAGAAUUUUCAAACUCAUCAUCAAACUCAUCAAAUUCAACUAAAAGAUAGACAUUCCAAAAGAUAUUCGUCAAUAGGAUCGUCAAUUUUCAUUGAUCGUGAAACUACUUUAACUGAUUCAAUGGAUACAAACUAUGAAGUUGAUUAUCAAAAGGACAAAACUGAUGAUCGUUUGGAGAAAUUGGGACCACCUUGGUUAAUUGAAGGUAUAUUGAAAUGUGAAUUUAAUGGUAAAAAUGAAUUGAGAAAAAACAAUAAAAAAUCAAAUUGGUUUACAAAAUUAACUCAAAAUAAUAACAAUAUUAUAAGCUCAGAAUUAGAUAUUUAUAACUUGAAAGAUUGGAAACAGAAUAUCGUCAUCAUUUCAAAAGGUUUAUUAAAACAAUAUUCAUUUGGUUCAUCAUCUGACAGAAACAAAUUCAUGAAGACAAAAUCUGAUAAAUAUGUUAAUACAGUGAUGACAUAUAAUUUAUAUUCCGCAGUGGCUUCAUUAGUUGAGGAUAAUGUGAUAUCAAAUGCUGAUAAUAGAUCAAAUGGUGUCGCAUGGGUGUUAACAAUACCCAAUUUAUUAUCAAAUCAUGAUCAAACUAAUCAAGCUGAUAAAAAAAUUGUCUAUUAUGCAUCAAGUUUAGAUAUUGCACAAAAUUUCAUUGAAACUUGUAAUUUUUGGGCUGCAAGAAUAACAUCAAUGCCCACAACAGAGGAAGAUAUAGUAACGAAUGCAGAAUACGGCUGGAGUGAUGAGAUUAUUAAACAGGAGAAACCUUUACAAAAUGUGAGAAUUCAAAAAUGGGAAAAAAUAAUAUCAAUUGAAAGUUCAUUUAUACCAUCUGCUUAUACAUUAGCUGAACAAUUUGAACAAUUACAAAAAUAUGUUGACCAUUUAGAGAAAUUGAUAGAUGAUCAUAAUGGGUUAAAACCAAUAUUAGAAACAAUUUGGGGGAAUAAUGAAGUAUUAAAAAAUCAACAUGAUUUAGUCAUUAGUAAUUGGCAUGAAAAAUAUGUCUAUAUUUAUAAACAGCAUCAAAAAUUCAAAAUAUAUUUGGAUAGUUUAGCAUUUGCUUUAUCAUUUAGAGCAACAAAAGUAUAA